ACACUAAAAUUGAGUAGGUGUGCGUGUGAAAUUUUUUUUGCGCUUCUGAAAUCGCGUGGUAAUUUUUCUCAAUUUUUAUUUUAAUCCAAAACACACAAAAUAGCGAUGCCAGAGUUGACGGAAAUCAAAACCACACCCGAAGCAUCCGCCCCAGAGACGGAGGAGAGACCCGUUGAGGAGGGUGGCAGCGAUACUGACUCCGAGGACACAAUUCCAGAGUUGGAGGAUGCUGGAACUACAGCAACUCAACUCGGUGGUGGUGCCACAGGAUUGCCAAUUGACAUGGUUUCCAAAGCUAAACAGUCACGUGGAGAGAAGAAGGCACGGAAGAUUAUGUCCAAGUUGGGUCUCAAGCCCAUUCAGGGUGUCAACCGAGUGACAAUCCGCAAAUCGAAGAACAUCCUCUUCGUGAUAAACAACCCAGAUGUCUACAAGAAUCCCCACAGUGACACGUACAUCAUCUUCGGUGAGGCAAAGAUUGAGGAUUUGUCGCAGCAGGCACAGGUUGCGGCUGCGGAGAAGUUCAAGGCCCCCGAAACAUCUUCAGCUCCGGGUGAUGCAGCUGGUACCACGGCAACAGUCGCCCCGAUUGCGGAAGAGGAUGAGGAGGAGGUGGACGAGACGGGUGUGGAUGAGAAGGAUAUUGACCUGGUGAUGUCGCAGGCGAAUGUGCCACGCGGGAAGGCCAUCCGGGCGCUGAAGAACAACAACAAUGACAUCGUCAACGCCAUUAUGGAGUUGACGAUGUAAAACCAGCCCAACCGGUAGGAAUCUGUUGCACGUUCUCCCUACAAUAGUUUCAUGUCCGGGAUAUCCUUCCUCCCCUUCCGGAGGUUCCCCCUUUUCGCUGAAAAUUUUGUCCACACUUGAUGCAUUUCUCUGAUUGUGGCAAACAAUAAAGUCUUUAGAUCUUGUCUCACAAAAAAAAAA